UUGCGAUCGUUGCUUGUGCUCGACCAAACUUGCCUCAACUCAAACCCACCACUCACACAAAAAAAGCAAUAGCCCUGAGCCAUUUUUGCAUAUGAAACGCCGCUUCUCAGAGACGGACGACGGCAGCAACGGCAGCACGAGCCAGCAGCAGCAGCCUCGCAAGCGCGCCAAUCCUCCACUUCUAGGAGCAGCAGCAGCAGCAGCCGCCGGUGGUCCAGCAAGCAGCAAGCGCAAGCGCGUGCACUUCUCCAACGUCCAAGUCCGGUACUAUCCACGCCAGCGCUCUGGCAGUUGUGGCGUCCCUGACUCGGGCGCGUUCACGCUGGGCUUGGGCGUCUGGGAUCCGUCCCACGAGGACGCGAGCGAGGCACAGUUUGGCUCGCUCGACGAGUACGAGCAGCAUCUGCACACACAGCGCGACUCCAACGCCUGCUUUGACAAGAUUCCAGAGGAACAACGCAUGGUCUUGCUCGGGACGCCAGACAGUCCGCAGGAGGCAGGCGCGCUGCAGGACUACCAGCGCGAAUUGGAGCAGCUGGAAGAACUGCGACACGAGCGCCUGUUUGUCGGAUGCUCCUGCGGUGGAGUGUCAAACUUGGAUAUGCUGGACUCGGUCUUGCGCGUUGGCGAACAGCAGAUGACGGAGGAGGACGACGUGACGGGAUCGCCCGGCCCGAGCAACCAGAGCAAAAAGCAGCAGGCCAAGGCCAACAAACUGGCCGCCAAACUGGCUCGGCAACGACAGUGCAUGCUCUGCGUUGAUGACGACUGCGCAUGCCAUCGAGAUGGCGUCAAAUGCCACGAAGACGCGUGCCUCUGCUCGACAACUCGGUGCCGCAACCCCGUCGGCAAGUUCUCCUUCAAUCCAGAGGUGGUUGACAUUUACCGGCAACAAAUAUUCGCGCGGCUUGGCCAAAUCCCCGGAUCGGCCUUCUCCAACCUGACUGCAGAGGAUGACGACUUGGAAUCGGCGCCCACAACCAACGCGGUCGCCAUCAACAUGCGUGCUUCGCACGAUCACGACGACGACGGCGAUGACGAGCCCUCUGAACGGAGCAGCUCGUAUGAUGCGAUGUCAGAGGAUAGCUCGUUGGAGCCAACAGAGGCAGCUUCUACUUCUGCCGAGGCCGAUACACAGCCAGUGACGGUCGAUCAAAAACGCAAGCAUCUUCCUCUGGGUGCAUCGCCUCAAAAGGUCAAAUCGAAAAGCAAGCCAGCCCAGGCGAUUGCUGGCAAAAGCAACAACAACAACAGCAACAACAAUACCAAUCACGCCACACCAGCAGACGUGCCGGUGGAUGUUCCAGCCGAUGUGCUUCGCAAGCAACGGUCGACAUCCGAGCCACAAGAAGCUCCUCUCAAAAAUCGCAAGGCAAAUGCAAGUCUUGUACCAGCAGCACCGGCAGCAGGAACAACAGCACCAGCACCGCUCGGAGGCGUGGUCGCGGAUCAAUACCAGCUCUUUGCAUCUCCACCCGGAACUCCGUCAGCCGAGCUGAAAGGCAAGAAAGGCGUCGCUUCCGGUGCCGCGCUUCCUGCAGCAAAGGUGGUGACCCGGGACGUUGCUGCAGCAGCUGCUCCGACGCAACGCAACAUUAGUCCUAUCCGAUCGCGAAAAGGCAAGCUUUCGAAUGCCUCCUCUGUGCCUUCUGGUUCCGUCGACAUGCAGAGCGUCGCCACGCCUUCGCGUCAGGGUUCCCAUAUCGUGUCUGCCGUCGUCUCAUCUCCGCCAGUCCACAGCGCUUCUACUCUGACGCCAACGCGAUCAGCAUCCAAGGGCAGUCUUCAGCGCUUGGCAUCGGUUCAGGAAUCCUCCCCGCCUGCCUCGCCAACCACUGCUCACGCCCAAUCGCCCGACGCAAGUCCACCUUCCACUCCGCCUUCGACGCGGCGCAUUAAAACCUUCCCCGCCAAUCGUGAUCUUGUCCCGAUUGCCGUUGCCCGCGCUGCUCUGGAUUCCUCCUCGCCGCGUGCACCGCGCGCCGCCCCUUCUUCUCCAUCGCUCCAGCGAACACCCAGUCGUCGAUGAUAUCGGUUUGAGCACCUCGCUGAGGUUGAUUCUUUUUUGAUUUUUUUUUCUUGUUUCUUGUUGGUUGCAGUCUUUCAAUCCGUUGAUACGAGUUCGUUGUUUUCGUGCUGGUUUUCCUGCCAUUUUAAGUUCUUGACAUUUUUUUUUUCACUUCUUGAUAGUCUUUUCGUGAGUUGCUGUCGAUGCGUAAAU